AUGGACACCUCCAGCGGGCCUCUCGCCCUGGCCUCCCAACUACCCUUAGCCGGGUCCCUGACCGUCUACCCUCUCCUCUUCUUCCUCAUCACGCCUCGCACCGCCACGCCUUCUCGCUUCGACAAGUCUCGCGAGGCCAUUUCCGCCUUCCACUGCACUCUCGUCACGUGUCUAUCAACAUACGAACUCUGCAGGAGGCGGGACGACUGGUAUCCUCGUCCAUCUUCUGCUCGCCCCCCCAUUCAACUGGAAGAUACUCAGCCUGAUGCUGGACAAGGCGGUGCGUACGACGGCGCAAAGCUAAGAAUCAUUCAAGCGCGCUCCACUCUUGGCAACAGCAUCACUGCGCUCGAGACAGGGUAUCUUUUGCAAGAUGCUGUAAUCUUAGUUCUGGCUGCGUGGUUGCGAAGACAGCGAACAGGCGGGAGCACGAAGGCCGUGUUUGACGGUAUCAGGUGGCGCGUGCUAGCCUGGCACCAUGUUGGGCUUGCAAGCGCUUUGGGCCUGCUGCAAUGGUAUAUCCUUCGCGGGAGCGAGAAAGGUAUCUUGGUAAUUACUAUGCUCAUGAUGAUGAAUGCUUCGUGA